AUGGAAGUAUGUCUAUAUAACUCGAAAAAUGGUUAUCUAGAAGCCCUGUUGCGGGGAUUUCGCAGCAGCUUUUUAACCCCAGAAGAAUAUAAAAAACUCACGGAAGCUGAUACUCUCGAAGAUUUGAAAUCAGUUUUAGAGGAUACAGACUAUGGUUCAUUUAUGAUGGAUGAACCUUCACCCAUUGCAGUCACAACUAUUGCACAAAAAUGUAAAGAAAAAAUGGCUCACGAAUUCAAUUAUAUAAAAGCACAAGCGGAAGAACCGCUGAGAACUUUUCUAGAUUACAUUGCAAAAGAAAAAAUGAUUGACAAUGUUAUAAGUUUAAUACAGGGUACCUUAAAUAAAAAACCAGCAGAAGAAUUAUUGUCACGCGUUGAUCCACUAGGAUAUUUUCCACAAAUGAAAGCCAUUACCUCUAUGGAUGUUCAGAAUUCUCAUGAUGAUGUUUUAAAAGUUUUAUUAAUUGAAACACCAAUAGGUAUUUACUUUGACAAAUACAUAUCAUCAAAUGCACCGAAUGAGAAAAAUAAUGUAUCAACAAUACUUAAUGAAAUGGAUAUAGAAAUUUUAAGAAAUACUUUAAAAAAGGCUUGGCUAGAGGAUUUUUAUGAUUUUAUAAGAAAAUUAGGAGGAAAAACAGAGGAAGUUAUGGGUCACAUAUUAAAAUGUGUUGCAGAUUUUAGAGUUUUAUCGGUGACAUUGAAUACAAUAAAUUCUAGUCUAAGCUUGGAAUUACAAAAAGAUAGAAAUGAUAUGUUUCCUUGUUUUGGCUAUUUAUACCCAGAAGGAACAGAUAGAAUUAGAAAGUGUUGGAAUAAUGAAACAGUUCAAGCAGCAUUGGAAAAUUACCCAAUUUACUAUAAUUUGUAUGAAGAAUGCAAACAAUUUUACAGCAAAAAUGAAAAUGUUCAUGAAAAUAAAAUAGUUAAUCAUAAGAUUAAAUCAUUAGAAGAUUUGUUAUAUGUUAAGCUUGUGAAAUUGUGUGAGACAGCAUUUGAACAACAUUGUCAUUUUGGUAUAUUUUAUGCUUGGGUAAAAUUAAAAGAACAAGAAAUUAGAAAUAUUGUUUGGAUUUCCGAUAUGAUUUUGAUGAAUAGAAAAGAUUGCAUCGAUAGUAUUAUUCCUAUAUUUGAACCACUUAUUUAG